GGGCUUAUAAAGGAGAGAGGAGUCGUGCCCCUCGCCCCUAACCUCCUGUGACCCCAGAAGAUGCGCAGACGAGUCUCCUGCCCCGUUCUGAGGCUCGCGCGGUCCAACCUCGGGUUGCCUCGCUGCGCCUCACGUCUCCUCACCGCGCUUCGCGUCUACUCCUGGCUUCGCCGCACCGGACGAGUCAUGCCGCGCCUGCCCGUGCUCUGCCUGUUUCCUCGCCGCCGUGUGACCCUGGUCGUCCUGCAGCCUGGCCUGCGCAUGGCCCACUCGGAGCCUCCGCGCCAGCGCCCGGUGUCGACCAUUGAAGUGGCUGUUGCCCUCGUGGUGUUUUUCACCGCCUUCCUAACCCCACGUGGGUACGUGCUGAGCAACCUGGACCAGUUCAGAAGAGAGUAGUGCAAGAAGAUGUGGAGCAGCUGUUAACGUCCAGCAACUUUCAGAAAACGCUGUGCCCUCUUUAAAUGAGUAAAAAUGCUUAGUUGAGUUGAUGGUGCAACCGUUGUGGGUGUUCCCUUUCCUGACCAUAUGCUUAUGGUAAAUAUUUUGCACUUUUUUACUAUGGUGCAUUAGAGAAAGAGUGUGUAGUCAUUUAAAAAUGUUAAAUAAAACUGAGGCACUUGUUUAUGCUUGC